AUGAAUUUCAAAAUUAUUAAUUUUGUUGUCGGCCAUACUAAGGUGAAAACACCGGAUCCCAUUCGAACUCCGAAGUUAAGCGCCUUAAGGCUGGGUUAGUACUAAGGUGGGGGACCGCUUGGGAAGUCCCAGUGUCGACAACCUUUUUUGAACUUUUAAAUUAUGAUCUUUUUUAAUGCUAUGAUUGAUAAUUAAAUCAUUUUAAAUGAUUUAUAUAUUUGUUAUCAUAGUAAUUUAUAUUUUUCAUCAUUUUAAUAAUUUUGUUGUCGGCCAUACUAAGGUGAAAACACCGGAUCCCAUUCGAACUCCGAAGUUAAGCGCCUUAAGGCUGGGUUAGUACUAAGGUGGGGGACCGCUUGGGAAGUCCCAGUGUCGACAACCUUUUUUUAUUUUAGAUGA